CAACACACCAGCCCCGCCGCAGAACUUCUACUCUCUUGAACCUGAUCUGCGAACGGCAUGAGGACUGUUCAAGAAAAGAUCAUCGUUCUUUCAGUGUUUCUGUCUCUGAUAUGUGCCAUCCAGGUGGAUUCAGCGCCUGUGCCUAAAGACUGGGAUGGUUUGAUACAGCGGACCAAGCGGUCGCUCCUGUGGCGCUGGAACAGCAUGAAGCCUGUGGGGGCCAGCUGCAGGGACCACUUAGAAUGUGGCACAAACUACUGCAGGAAACAUAUAUGUUCCUUCAGAAGAGGAAACACAGAUAAAACACCUUCAAUGUGACAAAACAAACAUCUGCCUAAUGGACCCAAGUGACCAGUCUCAAGAUGAAUCAUAAAUCACCUUAAUGUUGUAAUAAUCUGGUUUAAACUGAAAACCUGCUGAUGCUUCUCCUGACUGUGCAUUCAGUUAAAGUUCUCUGAUCUGGCACUGCAGAAAAACAAAGCUGUAAAUGCAGAAUUCACACAAACAAAUAAAAAUGGCUCCAUCUAGAGCAAUAUCGUUUCUUACAAUUGCAUUAUAACAAUUAUCAGACAUGCUGUACGAAAUGUUUAAAUAAGAAAAUAUAAAUAUACUUGCACAUUUUUGUGAGUUUAUCUGUUCAUGUUAUUAUUUCAUUUGUAUUUGUAAAUAUUGUGAACAAUGUAGACACUUAAAUGUUUUUUUUACAAGAGGUUGUAUGUCCACACAUUCUUU